AGCAAUGGCGGCAGGGUUUUCGUCUCUAGCUUAGUAGCUUUCAUUCAAUCUGUAACCGGAGACAUGGUAGCAGAAGGAGAGCAGCUGUGCUAUGCGGCAAGGAACGGCGACGUUGAAAAGGUUAGAGCUUUGAUAGAUUCAGGAGACGGCCGGUGUAGUUUAGGCGUUGCUUGGGGCUGGUGCGCCAUGGAACGCACUUUCUCCGUCAAAUCUCUCGGCUGGUGAUUUCGCUAUGGGGUCAGGUCAACAAGAUGCAUUUGAAGUCCUCCUAAAUGCUGGUAAUUGGGAAUUCAGGCUGAGUUGAUUUUGGGAACCAUUGUGAGGAAAACAGAAAAGGAUGCUGAUUCUAAUGAUGCUUACUUGGAAGAUAGGGUUUCUUUUAGUGAGGAUAAGUUGAUGGACUCAAAUAGCAAGGUUCUCAUGAUGACUUGGGAGAAACCUUUGAUGGAAGCUCAUGCAAAAAGCUGUUUGCUCUGGAGGUGAUCAUAUACUAAACAUUGGAUUUGGAAUCGACCUUGUUGAUACAGCCAUUCAACAGUAUGCUCCAGCCACACAGACAAUUGUCGAGGCCCAUCCUGAGGUCUAUGAAUGCAUGCUUCGAAUUGGUUGGGGUGAGAAAGAUAAUGUGAAAAUAGUAUUUGGCAGUUGACAAGAUGUUCUUUCUCAACUUGAAUCUUAUGAUGGUAUUUUCUUUGACGCAUAUGGAGAAUAUUAUGAAAAUCUAAGGGAGUUUCAUAGCAUCUUCCUAAGCUAUUGAAGCCUGGAGGAAUAUACUCAUUCUUCACUGGCCUUUGUGGAGGAUUGCUUGGGAGAAGAAGUUUGGCAAGGUGUCAGACAUAAGUAUUGGCAGCUUGAUACGUAUUACUUUCCUGUUUGUCAGUCUCUACAGGACUCUGAAUGAUUUCAGCAUAACUGCAAUGCUGGAAUUGGUACUGAAGAAUGCUAGUGUCAAAUGACCAUGAGAUGUCUUUUGUUAUCUGUUAUUGAUCUUCUUGUACAAAGAUUGUGCUGCAGCCUACUGGAUGAAUUACAAAGGCACAAGCAGCAUCAGCCUGUUACAUAAGUCCUGAGUUUAUCACCAGUCACUCAACUGAUCUUGCUAUAACUGACAGUUUUAAAUAGAGUUACUAAUUCCUUAAAGGAGAAGCUUCCCAUUUUUAUCCAUAGACGUGUCACUUCUACUGACAUUCUAGAUGCACAAUACUGGAAUGCAAACACAUGCUAUUGGAGUUCCGUCUCCUGAAACUCACCAUAAACUGACAUGAUUUGUAGGAGAUGCAUUAAUAGAUGUUGCCGAAUGCUAGACACUUGUUGCUUUAUUCUUAGCGUCGAAGUUUUCCAACAUCCCCCAAGCAUAUGUCCAUAAUCAUGUCUUUAGGUGCUGUUGUUCCUUAUAUUUGUUUCGACUAGCUACUGCUAUACUGACUUAUGAAGGAAACUCAAGAUCUAUAGUAUGUCAACAAUCCUUGAUUCCUUGAUUUCUUAUAGGCACAAAUUAUGAAAUCAGCAACCAUGAAAGAUGAGAAUUCAAUGCAAGUUUAGCUACAAAUCCUAGGUAUUCAGUCUAAAA